AUGUCGACAGGCGAGGAGCAGGAUGGAGAGGCGUCGGCGGCGCCCGUGUACGUGUAUGAAUCCAAGGUCCACUGUGCCAACGUGCUGCUGAGCCUGGAGGAGCAGCGACGGCAGGGCAUUCUGUGUGACGUGACCGUGCUGGUGGAGGGGAGGGAGGUUCGCGCUCACAGGGCUGUCCUCGCUGCCAGCAGCCGCUACUUCCUGCAGGCCCUGUUGGGGCAUAGCGGGUCUCCGGAGGAAGGGGAGCCCAUCAUUAACCUGCCAGGCAAGGUGACAGCUAAAGGUUUUGCUCCACUGCUUCAGUUCGCCUACACAGCCAAGCUGGUUUUAAGUCGGGAAAAUAUCCAUGAGGUCAUCCUGUGUGCUGACUUCCUGGGUGUUCACAAUUUGGAGGACUCUUGCUUUCGGUUCCUUCAAGCUCAGCUACAGAAUGAUGACCAACAUGCCAGUAAUAGCAAGGUGGAACACGAUGAUGACAUCACGGCUGAGGAUACAGUCUUUUGUGAGGCAGUAUCCUUAGAUGAUUCUACAGAGGCAAGGCAGCAGACCAAUCAUGUAGCAAGCACUGUAUCGCUUCCUGCUGACCUUUCUCAAUGUCCUAAAUACAGGAAAUAUCAGUACCAGAUCUGUGACAACAAGCACAACGGAGAAAACCAUCAUGGCAGUAAUGAUGUCAUUUUGGCCAACCAUACCUCAGUCAGCCCUGUGAGCUCACAGCUCACAGACAACAGUGCUGCUCCACAAACUCUUCUUACACCCUCCAGGAUCAAAGAGGAACAGUUUGUGUUGGAGGAAGAAGUGGAUGAAAGGAGUGGUUGCAACCCAGAAAUAUGUACUGAGGAGGUACUGGAGAUGGAGCUAGAGGUAGAAGGGGUUCCAGUAGCAGCCGAGCACUCUCCUAGCAGAGGUUCACCCUCUUCCUGCCUGCGCUCCUACCUCCAGAGAGGUGGCCUUGAUCUCAGCGGUGUGCCCAGCACCACCAUCCAGCAGCUGCUCACCAACAGACUGUCCCUCAGCCACUACAGGGAACUUGUCAAAGACAGGCAGAGGGAUAAGAGGGACCUCAAGACCGGCAUUGCAGAUGUAAUACCAGCAGCGCUGUCUGGCAUUGGCAAGAACAUGGAAAGGCCAGUGUCCAAAGCCUCAUCCUCUAAACAUGAGGGGGAGCUAGACAGAUGUAGUGUCAUUUUCUCUUCAGCAACUGGCGAGCGACAAAUGUUGGCUCAUACUUACAUGGAUGAGAAGUUCCGAGAAAAAGUUUCAACCCUAAUGCAUGUAGAAGCUCCUUCUUCUGGUCGGUCAAGCCUCAGCACCAGCUGCCCUAUUCCCAUCAAGACUUCAGCGCACUCACCUCCUCCUUCUGAGUCCCAAACCCAAACUUCCAGCUCCCGUUCCUCAUUCUCUUACCCAGAGGACACAGGCAGUGGUAGUUCACCUUCCAGCCUUCCCCAGUUUGACUUCUCUUCAUCCCCACACUCAGGCUCCACCUCUGGACUGUCUCACUGCCUGGCUGGGGUAGUGGAGCAGAGGAACCCCCACAGCGGAGAGGUGGUCUUCUCUCAGGGUUGCACCAAGAUCAAAACUGAACGGGGAUUCGGAGCCAGUGGUGGCAACUCCAGUGACGAAUCAGGCUCUUUCUCAGAGGGAGACAGUGAAAGCGGCAUCUCCAGAGUCACUGGCCCUGAGGUAAAGCUGCCCUUCCCUGUGGACCAGAUCACCAACCUGCCACGCAAUGAUUUCCAGAUCCUCAUCAAGAUGCACAAGCUGACCUCAGAGCAGCUGGAGUUCAUCCAUGACAUCCGCCGCCGCAGCAAAAACCGCAUAGCCGCUCAACGCUGCCGCAAGAGGAAACUGGACUGCAUUCAGAACCUGGAGAGCGAGAUCCGCAAACUGGUGUGCGAGAAGGAGAAACUGCUGAGUGAGCGCAACCAGCUGAAGGUUUGUAUGUCCGAGCUGUGGCAGAAUCUCUCCUUUCUCUCCCAGCAAGUGUGUAGGGAGGUGCAGGGCGCCCAGCCGCCUCCUGUCUUCGCCAGCAUCGACCUCACAUCCAACCCGCCGUCGCCUUCUUCCGAUGAGGGCUCAUCCCAGCCCAGGUCGCUCGUGUCGCAGCAGAACGAUGCUGCAUGUCUGUCUGAUGUGGGUCCCAGUCUGGUGGGGCUGGAAGAAAGGCAGCCUGGGGUGGAGGUGUCAGAUCUGGAGAACCCGGGGUGUCCACUGGUGCUUGGAUCCACUGAAGAUGUAUGUAGCCCCACUGUAACAGUGGAUUUCUGUCAGGAAAUGACUGAGAAAUGCACAACAGAGGAACAGAAGAGACAGGCCUGUACUUAGAGCAUAGAGGCAAACAGUUUGGUGUAUGACACACUCGUUCUUGUCUAUAUCUUUAUAUUUGAAGUAUUUCUUUCUUUUUUUUUUGUAACGGAUGACACAAGUGUUGUCUUAUCAGCAAUACUGUUCAACAGGUAUUUUUGGACUGGCGAUCAAACAAAAGCACUGGCAGCUUUUUUCUCUCUCUCUCUUCUUUCUUUCUCAUCUGACGUGUUCUUCCUGUCAGCUUCCCUCCCUCUCUCAUGCUUCAUGGGAGGUUAAACUCAGGAAUUCCUCAGAAUGUUCAGCAAUGUCCCUGUUCACGUAUACGUACACUUUACUUUACAGUCCUGUCAAAUCUUGAUGAUUACGUACAGUUAGUGAGCUUUAGAGAUGUUGGUGGAAGUUUUCUUCCUUUCUUUAUGCCAAGCGCAUCCUAACUCCAGCUCUGGUACACACAAAAAAUUCCUCCCAAAGGCUGAACUAAUCCUUUACAUUAUCCAAUAGAUGACACAGCAUUAUUCCAGCUGUGACACAACAUCAAACGACUUCUUUUUGUCAUAUAUUUAGUGGUCCAGUAAUUGUUGAGUGACACAGGACUUUACAGUAAAAUGUUACCAAAGGUGUGUAUUUUUACAAUUUGACACUAGAUGAAAUGGUCAAAUGAAUUCUCAUUAUGCAAAGUUGUUUUUGUCAAGCUUCAGUUUUACUUUUUAUUGUACUCAAAUGGAUGUUUCUACACACUUCUCUUUUACCUUUUUUUCAUAUCUGCACUAGAGACAAAACUACAUUACAAAGUUGAAGCACUGCCCAGCUCCUCCAGGAAGUGACCCCCCUGGCACUUAAUUUGAGCAAACGCAUCGUGACACUGGCACUUGAAGCAAGCCCCAAGCCAGUCACUUGGUGUUCAAACAGAUUAAAGGACCAUGACGGGAUCAAUUUGUAUUUCUACUGACCAUUUUCCAAAGAAUGCUGUAGUAUUUCUCUGCUAAUUUCAUGACUAUCUGCUCAGUAUGAAAACUGACAUGCAGGAAAGUUGGUUUGGUUUGGCAGAUCUUUACAUUAUUUCUGCUUUUGUUGUUCGUCAGACGUGGGCGCAUGGAAACAAAGGGUACUACAUGGUCCAAGAUGCUAACAAGGAACUGGAAGCUUCCUGGAAUGGACUGCUUGGUAACAAUUGAGGCAAAGAGUCCAAUUGGUGCAAAAAUGUCAGUUUAUUAAUAGUGUAACCUUUAUUUACCAAAACAAAUCUGUGUAAAUUACAGUGAAGCAUGCAUGAUAUAUAAAAAGAAUAGAUUGACAUGACUGAGUCAUGUGAUCAAACUAAUCUCUUGUCAUUUUUCAGUGAUUAGAUUUUAGAAGGUCUAUCCAUGAAAUUCCUCUGAAAAUCGAAAACUGGAGAUUGAAACUCAACUCUGUUAAAUUAAAUUUUCCCCCACAAAAAAAUGGUGGGAUGUUUAUUUGGUGGAAUGUCUUAGAACAAAAGCCUAAUGACGUGGUCCUCACCAGGACACAAAAAUAAAUUCCCCCUUGGAAUACAAAAUAGAUGCAAAUUCCUCUUGGAGUUUAGCUUUGCAUUUCAUAGUUUUUUUAAAUAUUCAUUAUAUGGGCUGAGAAAUGACAGCUUCUCUUAAAUAAAGUUCCCCCUUGAAUUGCUAUAGAUGGCUGACUUGAGAAGGCUACGCAUGACAAGAAAACUAAAAUGGUGAAUGAAUGAAUGAAGGGAUGGAUUUCUUAUCUCAACUCUACUAGUCAGUCUAUAUAUUUCCAUAUACUGAAAUGAUUAGAAACCAAAAGCUCCUGGGGGGUAUAGAACAAUAACUGAAAAAACAGAGAAACACUGCCAUUCUUUGGAAAAUGGAUGGUUGUAAUGAAAAGUAUACAUGAUCCGAGUUAGAUGGGCUGAAUUUUAAACACACUGCUGUUGUAAUUUAAACAACAACAACAACAACAAAACAAUGCUCUUUUUGACCCAUUUAUUUAUUGUCUAAUAAGUAGUAAGAAUUUAGUGUUUGUACUAUGUAUUUAGCUGCACUAUUCUUGUAUUGUACAUAAGACAAAUAUUCCUACUAAAUGUAUUUGGUACAGUAUGUUGGUGUAGGACACCUACAAAUCUAAUUAAAUUCACACGUCGUAUGUGAAUUUGUUGGGUUUCUACAUGAACAUCCCUAAUAGCAUACGUUAGAGGUUCAAAGCUCCAAACAAACACACUGGCGUGGUAUUGAUUUGGGGAUAUGCCAAAUUUAUCUGCUGUUGAAAAGUCAAUGGUGAGGCACGUGGCAGGGCUGAGUGCUGCAGCGCCGUCGGCUUUCGAAUACUGGAUGCGUUUUGGCUUCUUUUGUCCACCAGAGUUAAGCUUGAGUCACGUUUAGCGCAGGAAGGUCAAAUCUGAAACUGCAUUGCACUUGAUUGAUCAGAAAUCAAAUACAGGCUGCUAUUUUCCUGUCAGUGUGAAAUGAUCUGCUUUGAAAAGAAGUGGGAUGUUUGAAUUCUAAACUGAAAAGCACGUGGAUCCAUAUUCUAAUGGCAGCCUGACCAUGACACUAAAUCAGGGUCAUGUGAUUGAAAGGAAAAAGAACUGAUUACCACAGGACCUGUCAGCCAGUGAUGAUCUCAUUAGAAUGUACUAAUUGCUCAGAGUACACUGAAGAACACAACUCAGCUGGUUUUUAUUGACUUUAAUUCCUUAAUUGUGAACUAGUUAAUUCAUUUAUUUGGGCUCUUGUUGUUGGGGGUUGGGAUCAGGUUAAAAUUUCAUAGAUGUAAAAUGUAGGUCAGUGCCAUUCCUUUGAAUUGAUUCCAUGAAAGUAAGUUCAUUCAUUUACAAGUCACACAUGUACUUGCUUAAGUUGUAACAUUUUAACUUAAAGAUGUGUUAGUAUGUUUACAGUUUGGUGUAUAACUUGUUCUUUUUGUUUUGUAACAAUAUAAUUAAGACCUGGGAAUUAAGUUGAAUAGAAAAGCUGAUUUUUUUUUUGAUUUUUUUUUUUUAUAAUUUAUUUGCAAAAGUUUAAAAUCUUGAUAAAUUUGAAAGUUACAGCUACAAUUUCUUGCCUUAGAGGUUACAGAGGCCAAAUGGGACUCAGAGGAAACCAUAUCGGAACGUCUGAGCCCUGCUGUAUUCGUUUGAGGCGAAGUUUCUCCAUUCACAAAGCACCCUUUUGUGAUAAAACAGCAAAACCAUCAAGUACCCCUCUGAAAAUAUGUGGACCCAAAGUGUUCAAUAUUUAAUAAAUGAAAUUCAGACAAAACAUGUAAUAUAACCAUGAAGCCGUGCAGCAAUUACAGACUUAAAACUCUGGUUUGAAAAAAAAAGAAAAAAGACCUUUAAUAAUAGUUAUUAUGAAAAAAAACAACAUGUCACAAUAAUCAGUGAAGUUUUAAAAUGAAUUAUUUUACAAUUCGUGGCUACAGAAUAUUUUGCUUGUAUUUUUUUCUCACCUGAUUAUUUGCUACAUAAUAUCUUAUUUAUUUAUUUAUUUAAUACUGACCCUUGUGGGUUUCCAUAUGGAAAAGUCAAAUGCUCCUGUGUCACCAAGAUAUAUGCUAUUAUAGAGGACCAACAAUUUUUUUUUUUUGUCGAUACAAUUAAUCAGUUGCGUUUCGGGAACUGAGUUCAAGAAAAACGAAAGAAGCUAAACAUCAAAGUGAGGCUUCGAAUCAUUGUGUAGCAUUUAGUAAUCCAUUUGACAUAGAAAAAAAUGUGCAAAAAUUGCUAAGACAAUUAAUUGUUAAGAAAAUCUGAUAUCAAAUCAUUUUUUUUGCACUCUUCUUUUUGCGCAAGAUGAAUAAAUGCUGCGAAAUGAUUCUGCGCCUCAUUUCGAAUUGUUAACUUUUCCCCUCCUCUUCCUGUCCUCAUGCUAAAAUGCUAAAAAAAAAAAAAAAACAGCUGCUGGUUUAACUGAAGGCUGCACUUGCUGCACAUGUGAAAAAAAAUGUAAUGACUCUGAGAACACCAUGGACACUGAAAGUCAUUAAUAUUGGAAAUUAUGAGUUAUUUCUCAGAUUUGUGACAUUAAUGUCAGAACUCAGUCUUCUUCAGUCUUCCAUAUCCACAUACCACAGCAGCAGUCGUCAGUGUCUGGCAGUAUUCGCUGACUACUUUCCAUGGAACAUCGUUAGCAGCAGCACAAAUUUACAUUCAAAAUGAUGAUAAUCAAAUUUAAAGGAACAUACCAAUGGUUUCUUGUAUCAGUCCACUGACCGCAAAUUCAUAAUUUAUAUUGCUGUUAACUGUUAUUCAAAGCAUAGAUCUCUGCAUUACUUUCUGAUUUCAGUAUGGUACAAAUAUUAACUCAUGGAGACUUCAAACUUGCCUGGGUUAGGUAAUCCAUCAUGUGUUUUUAACGUUGCCAGAGCUGCAUUACUGCUGUGUGGUGCCGCAAAUGAGAAUUUUCCGAUCAAUCUGCACUUACAAUUUCGUCACCAUGCCAAAAACGAAACAAAAGCAAAAGCUGACGUGGUGUUCGCUGUCACAGCUUCAUUAAUGCCUCCAAGUUUUCAAAUCUCUGAAAGUUUAUUAUCACAUUGUAGUGAGUACAUGUAAAGCAAUAGCUGCCAGGACGACAUUCAGAAAAACUAUCAAAUAGAAAACGGUCAGCAACUGCAACAGAGAUACUGACCUUUAAAAUGUUGAAAACGACAUGACAUGAGAUGUCAACAAACUUGGGCCUGAGCUACUUCUCUGUAUAGUCAGUUGAAUAGUUGUAACGUUGUAAUUUUCUUCAUAGGAUGUUUGAGCUUCCCAUUUUCCAACAUCUUAACAAUGAAGUGCCAGUCAAGUCGAGGCACAGCAGUCAUUGUUUAAACCUUGAGCAGUGGUUAUCAGGGAAGAGUUUUCCCUUAUGGAAAGUAUUUUCUAAUCAAAUGCCUUCAAUCUGCAAUUACAAUAGAUGAUGGUACACUAAAGGAAGAACUUAAUCUGAUCUGUUUACAGAAUGUGGUAAAUGGGGCCACUUGGAUAUCAGAUUCUGAUUCUCAAGGGUUUUUUUUUUUUUUGGUUUUUUUUGUUAAGUUUAGUUGAACAAGCACUUAUCUACCUGGAUGAUUCAGCAUACCUCUUCGUAUGGGUAAGGACUGUAUGAUAGAUGUGUAGACAGUUUCUGUGGCAUUGUUUCAAACUUUUUACAGUGGUUACUUCAUUGUAUUUGUAUAUUUUGGUGAGCCAUUUUUUACGUGUCCUUUUUUGAGUACCUGCAACUUGACUGUUAAAUGCAGAUUCAGCAUUUUUGAUUUCCUUUUUUUAAUCUUUGAAUGUUCAUAUGACCUGUGUUUUGCUUAGAUUUUUUUGUAAAUAUUGUGCAACAUGUCAUGUUUUGUUUAUUUGAUAUGAAAAAGGUUUUAAAGAAAAAAACAGCAAUUUGCUUACGCAAUUUUUGUUGAGAAAUAAAACAAAAAGCAUGAGAAUUCUACAGUGGUGGUGUUGGUGUCUGGAUUUUGAUUAAAGAUCUGUUGACAAAAUGAUUGCUGUUUUGUUAAGAAGCAUUUAAUCUGAAUGUAAUGUAAAGCAUCAUACUUUCUCAUGAAAUUAAUGUAUAUAAAUGACUAUACACAGAUACACACAUAUUCUAAUCAAGUCUGUGAUUUAGAAAAAAAAGUAUUCGAAGCUUAUAAAGUCCAUGUCAUAGAAGCAAACAGAUCCUCUGAGGAGAAUGCUUCAUAAUCCAUAAUCCAUUGUGUCAUUUCUGCACAAUGUUAAAAAUUCAGAGUACAGAUGGAAAGACUUUUUUUUAAAAAGAUACAAUCCUUUCCUGUUCAUACCCACAUAUAGGCUUUAUAAGGUGCUUCAAAUCCAAAACAUACUGGGCUCUGAGUCCACCACCUCAUGAUGGCUGACGGUUUUGGCCCCAUGUG